GAGAUACAGUCGCUCCGUACGCUUAACGGGACACCUGUAGUAUUCAUCAUUACUUGGGGAUGAACCCCGUCAAAAAUGUAGUUCUAUUUUGCGACAACUGCGUCGCCCAAAAUAAAAAUAAUACAACGUUACAUUAUUUAGCUUGGCGAAUAGAUUCCGGCUUAAACGAAUCGAUAUCUUUGAAUUUCCUCUUAACUGGGCACACUAAGUUCAGCCCUGAUCGAUCCUUUGGGUUGGUGAAACUCGAAUACAGUCGCUCUAACGUAGAUUGCUACCAAGAUUUCGAAGAUGUUGUCGUAAGAUCUAGCCAUAACAAAUUUAAUCAAGCUGUAAAUGGAAGCAAAAUAGAGUGGCGAUCGUGGGAUAGUUAUUUUGGAGAAUUUUACAAAAGAUUACCAGGCAUUACCAAGUACCACCACUUCGAUUUCCGAAAAAAUUAAAUUGUAUGUAAAGAACUUGUGGACUCUGAAGAAGAAAAGUUCAAUUUACGACUAACAGAUAAGCUUCCAGAUGGAUUACCUUCACUCAUUGUACCAAGCGGUUUAUCAUUGGAUCGAAAAUGGUAUUUGUAUGAUAAUAUCCGGGAUUUGUGUAGUAAUCCAGAGAUGCAAGAUUUGGUAGCCCCUAAACCAGACACACCUAAAAUGAAAAAACGGUUAGGUGAACCGAAGGCAAUCAGUACACCAAAAAAGAGAAAGAAGAAAAGUGAUGCGACAGCCCAGAAGAAGAAAAAAAUUGAAGACGAAGCACCAAAAAAGAAAAAUCGAAGUACAGCAUCAGAUAAUACUGAAAAAGAAGGCCGAACUAUUAAAAAAAAACCUGAUGAAAAA